AGACUGUCUCUCUGCAAGAUGUACCUUAGCGCAAAGAAUCACCGCAUCCUUCUAAGUGAUGGAAACAGCAUUCCCAUCAUUGGGCUGGGUACCUAUUCAGACCCUGUACCGAAUUCCAAGGGGUCCUGUUUGGCGUCAGUGAAGACUGCCAUCGACGUUGGGUACCGCCACUUUGAUGGGGCCUAUAUCUACCAUAAUGAGCAUGAGGUGGGUGAUGCCAUCAGAGCCAAGAUCGCAGAAGGAAAAGUAAAGAGGGAGGACAUUUUCUACUGCGGAAAGCUAUGGGCUACGAACCACGUUCCGGAGAUGGUCCGUCCAACCCUGGAGAGGACGCUCAAGACCCUACAGCUGGAUUACGUGGAUCUCUAUAUCAUUGAAAUUCCCAUGGCCUUUAAGCCCGGAGAUGAAAUCUAUCCUAAAGAUGAAAAUGGCAAAUGGUUAUAUCAUGAAUCAAAUCUGUGUGCCACUUGGGAGGCCUUGGAAGCUUGUAAAGAUGCUGGCUUGGUGAAAUCCCUUGGAGUCUCCAAUUUUAACCGCAGGCAGCUAGAGCUCAUCCUGAACAAACCAGGACUCAAAUACAAGCCGGUCAGCAACCAGGUGGAGUGCCACCCAUAUUUCACCCAGCCAAAACUCUUGAAGUUUUGCCAACAGCAUGACAUUGUCAUCGUUGCAUACAGUCCUUUGGGGACAUGUAGGAAUCCAUUGUGGGUAAAUACAUCCUCUCCACCAUUGUUAAAGGAUGCACUUCUAAACUCACUGGGGAAAAAGUACAAUAAGACAGCAGCUCAAAUUGCUUUGCGCUUCAACAUCCAGAGAGGGGUAGUUGUCAUUCCUAAAAGCUUUAAUCCUGAAAGGAUCAAAGAAAACUUUCAGAUCUUUGACUUUUCUCUCAGUGAACAAGACAUGAAGAGCAUUGAAGCUUUGAAUAAAAAUGUCCGCUUUGUGGAAAUGCUCAUGUGGAGUGAUCAUCCUGAAUAUCCAUUUCAUGAUGAAUACUGACUCCAGAGCGUUCCUCAAGAGUUUUCUCUGUCAAAGGUGGACCUUGUAUGGUUCUCACAGAAGUGGAAACUAACUGC